UAUCAUCUUUGGAAGAACAAAGCACUAGAAAACACAAAAUAAUAAUAAAAAAAAGAAAAGAAAAAAGAACAGCUUGAAAAGGAUGUAAAGGCAGCUCAGAUCUCUCUUCAACUCAAUGACAGAAGCAGAAACAGAUUUAGGAAAAAGCCAGAGACCCAUGUUUACAAAUCCACUUGUUUAUGCAAAUUUCAUCCAACAAAAAAUGAGGUGAAGAGCAUCCAUCAGUUCUAGUUAGUCGGUCCGGUCCUUUUGUACGUUCCAUUUCAUGGUCAAAUGAGGAGUGCCCAUCAGUUUGUCAACUUGCCUGAUUCUGCUCCGUUCUUUUGAUCCUAUCAUAGCUCGGAGUUUUGUAAUGGAAAGUGGGGAUUUUAUUCGUUUCCUGGGCUUUUUUGCACUGUCUAGCCUUUUUCUCUCAGAAAUCUGUACGGCUAGCAUUCGAAGUACUGGGUCGAUUGAUCCGGGUUUUCAAGGCACUCAAAUGAAUUGGAUCGACAAUAACGGGUUGUUUCUUGUCUCUAACAACUCAGCAUUUGGUUUCGGCUUUACAACUACCUCGGAUGUCACAUUGUUUCUGCUAGUUGUCGUGCACAUUGAUACUACGAAAGUAAUCUGGACCGCUAACAGGGGCUCCCCUGUUUCAAAUUCUGACCCCUUUGUGUUUGACAAAAACGGCAACGUGUUAUUACAGAAAGGAGGGAAUGUUGUUUGGACGACAAAUACCAGUGGCAAAGGCGUUUCUGCGAUGGUGUUGCAGGAUUCGGGAAAUUUGGUUUUGCAAGGGGAUGAUGGCAAAGUAAUGUGGCAGAGUUUUGCUCAUCCCACAGAUACCCUUAUUUCGGACCAAGAAUUUAGACAAGGAAUGAAACUUAUAAGCGAUCCUAGCUCUACUAACGUAAGCUAUAUUCUCGAGAUCAAGUCUGGCGACAUGAUCCUUUCGGCCGGUUACUCGACUCCGCAGCCAUAUUGGUCCAUGGGGAAAGACACGCGCAAAAACAUUAAUAAAAACGGUGGAGAGGUCACUUUAGCAACUAUUGAUACAAAUUCAUGGAGUUUGUUUGAUGAAAGCAAGGUCUUGUUGUGGCAAUUUAAAAUCUCAGACCCUAAUGAUGCAAAUGCCACUUGGAUUGCAGUGCUGGGAAAUGAUGGCGUUAUAUCUUUCUUCAAUCUCCAUGCUGGAAGGGCUGCAUCAUCAAUAAAGAUUCCAGAUGACCCUUGUGGUACACCAGAAGUUUGUCAGCCAUAUUUUGUUUGUUCAGCACCUUCGGACAGGACUAAGUGCCAGUGUCCAUCGGCGCUUGGUUCGGGCUCCUGUAAAACAGGUAUUAUCUCUCCUUGUGGUGAGAGAAAGGAAUCUGUAAGCCUCGUAGAUGCCGGAACUGGGCUCAAUUAUUUUGCACUCGACUACGUUUCUCCAUCAUCGAAAGCCAAUAUGGAUGGUUGCAAAGCGUCCUGCAUGAGUAAUUGUUCUUGCAUGGUUGCGUUCUAUGACAACAGCUCAAGGAACUGUUUCCUUUUUGACCAGGUUGGCAGCUUCCAAAACUCUAAUCAGCCGUCUAAUUUAGUUGCUUUUGUCAAAAUGUCGAGCAAUGCAAAUGGUGUAGGGAAUGGAGGCGGCAACAAAAGCUUCCCAUAUGUUGCGAUUAUAGUAGUUUCUACGGUUCUUGUUAUUUUGGGCUUACUCUUUGUGUCAUAUCGAUACUACAAGAAAAAGAAAAAGGUUCCAGGAUCUCCUGAUGAUUCUUCAGAAGAGGAUAUCUUCUUGGAGAGUUUAACUGGGAUGCCUACUCGGUUCACUUACAAUGACCUCCGGGUUGCUACAAAUAGCUUCUCGGUUAAGCUCGGGCAUGGAGGAUUUGGUUCAGUAUACCGAGGAAUUCUUGCGGACGGAACUCAAAUUGCUGUGAAGAAACUGGAAAGCAUCGGGCAGGGAAAGAAAGAAUUUCGAGCUGAAGUCGGUAUUAUUGGCAGUAUCCAUCAUGUUCACCUGGUGAGAUUGAAAGGCUUUUGUGCCGAAGGAAGCUAUCGACUUCUUGCUUACGAAUACAUGGCCAAUGGUUCCUUAGAUAAAUGGAUCUUCAAAACAAACAGAGAAGAAGAACCCUUGCUGGAUUGGAGAACAAGAUUCAAUAUUGCAGUAGGAACGGCGAAAGGGCUAGCUUAUCUCCAUGAAGAUUGUGAUGCAAAGAUUGUGCAUUGCGACAUAAAGCCAGAAAAUGUAUUGCUUGACGACCACUUCCUAGCCAAAGUCUCGGAUUUUGGCUUGGCAAAGUUAAUGACUCGAGAGCAAAGCCAUGUUUUCACCACUCUAAGGGGAACCAGAGGGUACCUUGCACCUGAGUGGAUCACAAACUACGCAAUAUCAGAGAAGAGCGACGUUUACAGCUAUGGUAUGCUACUGCUCGAAAUCAUCGGCGGAAGAAAAAACUUCGAUCCGGGAGAAUCUUCAGAGAAAUCUUAUUUUCCAUCCUACGCUUUCAAGAUGUUAGACGAAGGGAAGCUGAGAGACAUCCUCGAUUCGAGGCUGAAUCUGGAAGGGGAAGAUGAGAGAGUUUACACUGCUAUCAAAGUUGCAUUAUGGUGCAUACAAGAAGAUAUGCACUUAAGGCCAUCAAUGACCAAAGUUGUUCAAAUGCUAGAGGGUCUCUCCCCUGUUACAAAGCCACCAAUGUCUUCUCCAUUAGGAUCUCGCCUUUAUUCAAGUUUCUUUAAAUCGAUGACCACGAGCGGAGAGGGCACAUCCUCGGCCUCCGCCUCCGCCUCCGCCUCGGGGCCAUCAGACUGCAACAGUGAUGCUUAUCUUUCAGCCGUGCGGCUUUCUGGUCCAAGAUAACAAUGGCUUAAAUAGGAGAGUUUACUGGAAUUAUUCCGUAGAUUUGUAUGAUGUAUCAUGUUUAGCGUCUCAUCUGGCCUGUAUAGUCGUUAGAUUAUUACUAAAAAUUUUUGUAAUACCAGCUAUUAGCUAAUACAAGUUUUAAGUCUUAUUAGUUUUGAUUA